UUUCGCGGCUCCUCGGCGCUUCGUUUUGUCAGCAGCGCAGACGUUGCCCCCUUUUGAAUGUUUGUUUGUUCCGCUUCCCUCUUUUACCGUCGCGUACACGACUCUCCUACGACGUCGUAGAAGGGCCCAGUCGAGAGCGGCACGUCGACGAACGACGAUGCGCAUCGAGGAGUAAAAGUGAGCAUCGAAAGAGAAAACAGGAAAAAAAACGAAAGAGAGAGAGAAAGGGAGAGUAAGGUUUAACGGGGGUGGUCCACCCCCUCCCCCGCGACACGUCCGAGUGAAACUUUUUCAAGACUUGAAGAAAUUAAUUUCUGAGACUGUUAGUGUGAAUGAACGUAUACAAUCACUGAGAGGAUAACAUUAGUGAAGCAUCUACGAAGCAGUAACCAUGGAAGACGCCCAUUGUAAAACUGUGGAAGAAGUAGUAAAUUACUUCAGUGUUGAUGCUGACCAUGGACUGUCUCCGGAUCAAGUCAAGAGAAACCAGGAGAAAUAUGGUCUCAAUGAAUUGCCAGCUGAGGAAGGAAAAUCCAUCUGGCAACUCGUUCUGGAACAGUUCGAUGAUCUUCUAGUUAAGAUUCUUCUAUUAGCCGCUAUUAUUUCUUUUGUAUUAGCCUUAUUUGAAGAGCACGAGGAUGCGUUCACGGCCUUCGUCGAACCCUUCGUUAUCCUGCUCAUUCUCAUCGCUAAUGCCGUAGUCGGUGUCUGGCAGGAACGGAACGCCGAGUCUGCGAUAGAGGCGCUCAAGGAGUACGAGCCUGAGAUGGGUAAGGUCGUACGAGGGGACAAAUCCGGCGUCCAGAAGAUCCGGGCCAAGGAAAUCGUGCCCGGCGACAUCGUCGAGGUGUCGGUCGGCGACAAGAUCCCGGCGGAUAUCCGUCUCAGCAAGAUCUUCUCGACCACCCUGAGGAUUGAUCAGUCUAUCCUGACCGGCGAGUCGGUGUCCGUCAUCAAGCACACCGAUCCCGUGCCCGACCCACGCGCUGUCAACCAGGACAAGAAGAACAUCCUGUUCUCCGGUACCAACGUUGCCGCUGGCAAGGCCCGCGGAAUCGUCAUUGGAACCGGUUUGAACACGGCCAUCGGUAAGAUUCGUACGGAGAUGUCGGAGACCGAGGAGAUCAAGACGCCGUUGCAGCAGAAAUUGGACGAGUUCGGCGAGCAGUUGUCGAAGGUCAUCUCCGUGAUCUGCGUCGCCGUAUGGGCCAUCAAUAUCGGUCACUUUAACGAUCCGGCUCACGGUGGAUCCUGGAUCAAGGGCGCCAUCUACUACUUCAAGAUCGCCGUCGCUCUCGCCGUAGCCGCUAUUCCCGAGGGUUUGCCCGCUGUAAUCACGACUUGCUUGGCUCUGGGUACUAGGCGUAUGGCGAAGAAGAACGCCAUUGUACGAUCCUUGCCGUCCGUAGAAACUUUGGGUUGCACGUCCGUCAUCUGCUCCGAUAAAACUGGCACUCUGACGACUAACCAGAUGUCCGUUAGCCGAAUGUUUAUCUUUGACAAGAUCGACGGUAACGACAGCAGCUUCCACGAAUUCGAGAUCACUGGCUCGACUUACGAACCCAUCGGCGAAAUCUUCUUGAGAGGACAAAAGAUUAGGGGACAGGAUUACGAGACCUUGCACGAGAUCGGUACUAUCUGUAUCAUGUGCAACGACUCUGCUAUUGACUUCAACGAAUUCAAACAGGCAUUCGAGAAGGUUGGCGAGGCCACGGAAACCGCGUUGAUCGUUCUCGCCGAGAAAAUCAAUCCGUUCGGCGUGCCGAAGACUGGCCUGGAUCGCCGAACCACCGCCAUUGUCGUCAGGCAAGAUAUGGAGACAAAAUGGAAGAAGGAAUUUACAUUGGAAUUCUCGCGUGAUCGCAAGUCUAUGUCGUCGUAUUGCGUGCCUCUGAAGCCAACGAAACUGGGAACCGGUCCGAAACUGUUCGUCAAGGGUGCGCCGGAGGGUGUCUUGGACAGGUGCACGCACUGCCGCGUCGGUGGCCAGAAGGUCCCGCUCACCUCGACUCUGAAGAAUCGCAUCCUGGAUCUGACCCGACAAUACGGAACCGGUAGGGACACGCUGCGUUGUCUCGCACUCGCCACUGCCGAUCAUCCGAUGAAGCCCGACGACAUGGAUCUCGGCGAUUCCACCAAGUUCUACACGUACGAGAAGGAUCUCACGUUCGUCGGCGUAGUAGGCAUGCUUGAUCCGCCUCGCAAGGAAGUACUCGACUCGAUUGCUAGGUGCCGCGCCGCCGGCAUCCGCGUAAUCGUCAUCACCGGCGACAACAAGGCCACCGCUGAAGCUAUUUGCCGACGUAUCGGAGUCUUUGGCGAGGAUGAGGACACCACUGGUAAAUCGUACUCCGGACGUGAAUUUGAUGAUUUGCCCAUGGCGGAGCAGAAGGCCGCUUGCGCCCGAGCUCGUCUCUUCUCUCGCGUAGAACCGUCUCACAAGUCCAAGAUUGUUGAGUUCUUACAAAGCAUGAACGAGAUCUCUGCCAUGACUGGUGAUGGUGUAAAUGACGCUCCCGCUUUGAAGAAAGCCGAGAUUGGUAUCGCCAUGGGUUCUGGCACUGCGGUCGCGAAAUCUGCUUCGGAGAUGGUGUUGGCAGAUGACAAUUUCUCCUCUAUUGUAGCCGCCGUAGAAGAGGGUCGUGCUAUCUACAAUAACAUGAAACAAUUUAUUCGUUAUCUCAUUUCUUCCAAUAUCGGCGAGGUGGUCAGUAUAUUCUUGACCGCUGCCCUUGGUCUUCCCGAAGCUCUUAUCCCGGUCCAACUUUUGUGGGUCAACCUGGUUACUGAUGGUCUUCCAGCUACCGCUCUCGGCUUUAAUCCACCUGACUUAGACAUUAUGAGCAAACCCCCUCGCAAGGCCGGUGAAUCAUUGAUUUCCGGAUGGCUGUUUUUCCGCUAUUUGGCUAUUGGUGGAUACGUAGGUGCUGCCACUGUCGGCUCAGCUGCUUGGUGGUUCAUGUACAGUCCGAACGGUCCUCAAUUGUCCUAUUAUCAAGUGACUCAUCACUUGGCGUGCCUUGGUGGCGGAGAUGAAUUCAAAGGCAUCAACUGCAAGAUCUUCUCUGAUCCUCAUCCCAUGACUAUGGCUCUCUCUGUGUUGGUCACUAUUGAAAUGUUAAACGCCAUGAACAGCUUGUCUGAGAAUCAGUCGCUCAUCAGUAUGCCGCCUUGGUCCAAUUUGUGGCUCAUCGCCUCCAUGGCUCUUUCCUUCACACUCCAUUUCGUCAUCCUGUACGUCGAGGUUCUUUCGGCCGUAUUCCAAGUUACCCCGCUAACGAGUGAAGAAUGGCUUACCGUUAUGAAGUUCUCCAUUCCAGUGGUACUUCUCGACGAAACCUUGAAGUUCAUUGCCAGAAAGAUCACAGACGUAAAUGAGGUGGUCGUCGACAAGUGGACCCAUUAAAUGAGUGGGUCGUCGACAGGCAUGAAUCCCACACACACCGCCGCCAUCGUAAGCCGCCACCGAGCGCGCGCAAAAAAAAAAAAGAACAAGCUCAGCCCGAAUGAAAAAAAAAAAAAAAGAAAGAAAAAAUAACCAGACAAAAGCACAGACAAACGGACGACACAACUGGCGCGCUUGCGUUUGUGCAAGUAUAUCGCAUUAGAGCAGCAUCGCUAUAAUAACAAGAGAAAGAAGCAGCAGCAGCAACGUACUCGAUAACCAACACUUAGCUAUCUGUCGCGACCUUCCGCAGCCAAUUCGGGGACAUCCCGAUCGAUCGAAAGCUGCGCCCGCCUCGCUGCUUUCUUCUUCUUCUUCUUUUCUCUUUUUUUUUUUUUCAUUUCAAUUUCUUUUCCUUUCUCCCUUUUCCGCAAGAUCGCUCGCCCCGAGUUCGUCGUCCAGCGAUGGCGAACGCGAAGCGAACGAGAACCGGCUUGGGGAAAAAACUCUUCGUCUCUUCGGUGUCUAGAGCCGCAUUAACGUUCUUAACUCAACGACUGUGCCUUCUUAGAGCCGGUUGCGCCAACGUCGAUUAAAGCUAAUCUCGGUCGAGGUACCCUGGGAAAUUUUGAAGAUAGAGAUCUGAGAGAAUUGGGUAAAAAAUGAUGGAGUUAACAGAGGGAUUCUCUGUUUAUGUUAAUUACGAUAUAUUCCUUUUCUUUGUCGGAUGAAACGCGAGUGAAAGAUUAGCUGACUCAAAGUCGUCGGUGCAACUCAGCCUUAGUUUCCUAUCCGAGCGAGGAACGAGAAUGUGAUAUAGCUGAUUGUGAGAAAGUAGAGGAGCGCUGCCUUGUACUCCUUUGACCUUUCGCUCCGCGAAGACGUGUUAAUGCAUAUAAUGCAACCCUUAACACAAUCCUCCCUUCCUCUGUUCGAAUAACUGUCGAUCGAUCGCUUGAUAAUCCCGAGACGACGACGACGACUUAUCCGAAAUCUUGGAGCGAGAUCCUUAAAGUCGUGUCUCUUCAGUGAAAUAAUAAUCCGAUUUGCUCGAAGCCUUAUUAAUGUAGAGAUGAAUAGCAUCGAUUUAAUCCCACAAAUCUUGUUAUUCUUCUUUUAGAUGCGUUUUUUUUCUCGCCAUUUUGCGCUUGCUUUCGCGUCGCUUUAUUAACGCGUUUUUUCUAUUUUUUCUCUCCGUGUUUCAUUUUUUUUUUUUUUUAUUUUGACAAUCUCGCUGGACGAUACAUCUCUCCCCCUAAAUUCGGCGGUCGUGUGUCCUCGAUUAUGCAAACAAAUAAAGGGCGAUCUACAUUUUUUUAAUCUAUUACAGCAAUCUUUGCCCCCUGAUAACACAAAAGUGGAAAGUCAGUUUUCGUUCCGUUCGUAAAAUUCUUCUGACGUAACAAGUCGUCUGAUACGAGUCCUCCUGUAUAAACUAACAUCUUUAACAAAAAAAGUCAAAGGAGAUACUCUCCAAGAAAAACACGAAUGCGGCCACCCAUCCCUUAUCAGGACUCCUUUUCUUCCUUCUUUAGCCUUCGAGACGCCGAUAAAUCCGCGUUACAGAUUAGCUGUCUGAAAAAAUACACAGUCUCUCUCCCCGGUCAGCCACGAAAACGACGGAAUGAUCCUUCGUAGCUUGAAACGUUCGGUUCGACGACGAGAAAAAGACCACCACCCGUACCUGGAACGCUCAAUGAUGCCACAGUCCGUCCGCGCGCGCUCGUGUUUAUCCAGCGAGAUAAAGAGAGAGAGAGAGAGAGAGAGGGAGAGAAAGAAAGGGAGAAUCUCGACACUCCUGUAUAUUCAUCAGAACGAAGGAACCUACUCGCACGCACCGUUCUGGAUCUCCACGGACCCCGCAUCGCUGCGUGCAUUCGCGGUCACGUGACGCCAGAUGCUGGGGAUAGAUAUAGGGAGAACGAAUGUCGACCGGGAAGAGCUGGCUGGUCAGUCGCUUCUCGGAACGGAUCGACGGAGGGGAUCGAGAGUGGUGACUCCGAACAGAACGACCUGGUUUCGAGCAGUGACGUCACUUUCGCGACUGGAGGCCGAAUCGCGUUUCGCUCUGCUGCCGCAGGAUUUUAGGAUGCUAUCCUAGGAUCGCAAACGGGUCCUGUGUCGGCAUCGCUGAGAAAAAAAAAUUAUUUCCCUCUCACGAGCCGUUCCGCAACUUGAUGACGAACCCUCAGUCUGAGCACUUUCACUUUUCGAAAAAAAUCCGCGAGAGGGAAGCAGGAUCGCGGCAAGAUGCCGGCUCGUGCGGGAAGGUUCGCCUCCGGAUACGCACGAAACUUACGUCACCGGGGAGUCCAGUAUAAAAAAAAUCCCGAGUUAAGUAUAAAUUAUUGUAAAUAUAUCCGUCGCGCACGCGCGGCGAUAUAACGGAGGAGAAACUAUACUAUUAAAGAGAAAAAUAUAUAUAGUUAUACAUA